AUGACCCUAUCGGAAGCCAUAAUUGGCCUUCAAGCCUACAAGGAGGUUGAAGACAGGAUGUCGCAACUGUGGCAGGAUGUUGACAAAGCCAUCGUCUCUCCGAGGAUGGACGUGGAAGCUGAUUCCCUGCCAUCGAUUCGCACAAGCGAAAACGUUGCCGAGUUACACGGCGAGGCUGGCCGAUCAGUAGACGAGCUUUUUACGGAUCUCCAGAAAUUGAUUGAGUUCCUAGCUCAGAGACUAACUCACGAUCUCUUGAUGUUCUUUAGCCCGAUCAUGAUGAGCGAUCUGGUUCCAAAACUUAUUGGGGGAUGGCUAGAUGGGGCUGUUCCCUCGAACUUGAAGGACAUCGACCGUUUCCAGACCAUCAUUCAGUCCGCUAGAGGCUUUUGUGAUGUUUUAGAGACAAACGGCUUCACAGGCUUUACGGAGCUGAAAGAAUGGGUGGGCAGUGCACCUUCGAUAUGGCUCGCUAAGUGUAGAGAAACAGCGCUCGACUCUGUCCGGAAUCAGCUCUCAAACGGCCUGGGGGCAUCUAAGCAAGUCGAGAAAGUAGAAAAGCAAAUGGUGUCUCGCUCUGAGGGCAAGGAGUUGACGGCGAAUAAUGCAGCUGCUGGGACUGCGACAGAUGAUGAUUGGGGCGCUGCAUGGGGAGUUGAGGAUGAGGAUGAGUCUGCUGGACCCAAGGACACCACGCCGCAAAGCCAAGAGGAGGACGAAGGUGUAGAUGCCUGGGGGUGGGAUGACGAUGAUCAAGAUGCAGAGAGGCAAGUGAAGGAGCCGAAACAGUCACAAGAGGCGGAACCAAAAGCAGCAGAUGAAGAUGAUGCCGCCGAUGCCUGGGGUUGGGGGGAUGAAGAGACGACAGAGCAGGCACAGGAGCCAGAGCCUAAACCGCAACCGCAGAAGCUUCUUGCAAAGAAGGGAAAGGCUGCAACCUCUGCGCAAGACGAAAGCAGGGAGAUGGUUCUCAAAGAGACAUAUCACAUCUCAUCCAUGCCAGAGCCAGUGCUGGAGCUUAUACUGGCCAUAUUGGAGGAUGGCGCAGCUCUGACCCUGCCAGAAUACGAGAGCAGUCCUGUUGCAGCCGCGGCGCCAGGUCUCUUCAGUUUACCAACGUUCGCGUUGGCGAUGUUCAGGGCUGUCUCGCCACACUACUAUGCGCUGGAUAUCGGCGGGAAUAUGUUUCUCUACAACGAUGCCAUGUAUCUGGCUGAAAGGCUAGCAGACCUAGCAUUAACGUGGAAGUCGCGCACAGACCUCACCACGCGUGCACAAAACAUGCUGCGCAUAGACAACGACAUUAAAAGCAUGCAGAACUUUGCUACACGUGCGUACACCAACGAGCUUGGGGUGCAGAAAACGGUCCUUAGAGACCUACUAGGAGGCGAUCAGAGUCUGAUGCAACAGGACGAACUGGACAGUUGCGUGGACUCUGCAGUAGCGCGGGUCAGGUCCCUGGCAGUGACAUGGGAAUCGAUUCUCGCGCGCUCGGUUUGGUACCAGGCCGUGGGGUCUGUUGCAGAUGCCAUCUCGUCCAAGAUCAUCGGCGACGUGAUGGACUCGUCUUCAAUUGGACAAGAGGAUGCGUACAGGAUCGCGCAGCUCAUCUCGAAGGUCACAGAACUGGACGACCUUUUCCUCCCCUCACGGACGACAGCAACGGAGAUGUCCGGCGCCAAGGACGAGAUUCCCACAACAGCACAGUACGCCGCCACGUGGCUCCGGCUCAAGUAUCUGAGCGAGGUGCUCCAGUCAAACCUCAACGAAGUCAAGUACCUCUGGUGCGACAGCGAGCUCAGCCUGUACUUUUCAGCAGACGAGGUGGUCGACCUUAUAGAGGCUAGUUUCGACGCUAACCCGCGGAUGAGGGAGACCAUCCGAGCGAUUCGCGAGAACCCAAACCCUGUGCUCGCCUAG